AUGAACAUCUUCAGAAUGUCGUCCAAGGCAAAGCUCAACGUGCAGUCAUUCCCACGCCCGCCUCUCCUGGAGAAGACACCCAGGCAUCUGCAGAUCAAGUGGAAUGGCCAUCUGAUAGCUGACACAAAGGACGCAUACUGGGCACUCGAGACUCAUCAUCCUCCGACGUAUUAUCUUCCGCCCUCGUCUAUCAAGGUGCCCCUCGCAAAGACGGCACGGACCACCUAUUGCGAGUGGAAGGGUGCUGCCACCUAUUGGAGCAUCGCGGACCCGGCAAGCUCAUCUGGAACGGUCCCGAACAGGAUCUGGUCCUAUGAGAGGCCGACCAAGGGCUUCGAGGCUAUCAAAGACUACUUGUCCUUCUACGCUGGUCCGUGGGACUGCUUUGUGGAUGGUGAGAAGGUAGAGGCUCAACCGGGAGACUUCUAUGGUGGCUGGGUUACGAGUGACAUUGACGGCAUUGUCAAGGGUAAAAACGGGAACUGGGAUCCUGUACUGUGA